AAUAACAAUUUCUAGAAGAGUGACAACAUGGCCUACAUCUUCUAUUUUGCAUCUCUACUUUUGGUAGUCUACCCUGCACUUGCCCAAGAUCCCUACAGAUUAGGAAUCUCUGUAUUUCCAAUCCAUUAUGACGUCGAGUUAACCCUUCCCUCAGGAUUUGGUCCUAGAGCAUCCUUUUCGGGAAGAGUAGAAAUUGGUUUAGAGACUAAAGCAUUAGUGACAAUCUUCGAUCUUCAUUCAAGCAAUUUAACUUAUAGUAGUUUAAAGCUGUACGACAUUGACGAUCCUUCUCAAAGUAAUAUGAUAGUCGAUUAUAGAUUGAAUACAACUUAUGGUGAUAAGCUGUGGAUUGAGUUAUCAGACAAUUUAGUGGUUGGAAAUGAUUACAUCCUUACAGCCAAUUAUACUGGAAUAUUGCACGAUGACAUGAACGGAUUUUACAGGAGUUCGUAUAAAGAUGCUAACAAAAAUACAAGAUGGCUCGCAACAACUCAGUUUCAGUCCACCUACGCUCGAAGAGCUUUCCCGUGCUUCGACGAACCAAAAUUGAAAGCCAGCUAUGAUAUAUCCAUUAUUCAUCCCCAAGAUGUCCGUGCCCUUAGUAACACACCCGUAAUGUCUAGAGAAGUAUAUAAUCAAGGUAUGGGUCUGGUUAAAACAACAUUCCAACAAACUCCCAAUAUGUCUACGUAUCUGGUUGCGUUCGUUGUAUCCGAUUUUAUCGGAUUAACCGAUACUUCGAAUAACUACGGGGUAUACGCUGCACCCUAUCUCAUUAACACUACCCGAUUAGCACUUGAUGUAGGUCCAAAGCUUCUUAAAGAAAUGGAGACCUUUAUUAACUUCCCUUAUUCAAACAUUGGAAUUGGUAAACUGGAUCUGGUUGCUAUUCCCGACUUUGCGUCAGGAGCUAUGGAGAAUUGGGGGCUUGGCACUUUCAGUGAGACUGAACUGCUGUAUGACCAACAAAAGUCGACGCUUCAUAGAAGAAGAACUAUCCCAGAAAUGAUUAUGCGCCAAACAGCUUAUAUGUGGUUUGGAGAUUUGGUAACAUGUGAUUGGUGGUCAUUCCUUUGGCUAAAUGAUGGAUUUGCAACUUAUUUUGAAUAUUUUGGAACAGCUCAAAAAAUUUUAGCUGCUGCAAUCAUUAGAAUGGUAAGAUACAUCCUUGGAAACAAUAACUGGAGACAAGGGCUUAUAGAUUAUAUAUCACAAAACCAAUAUGUAACAGGAACCCCCGACCUUCUGUAUGCUGCAUGGUCAACUUACUCUCCAUCCUUACCCUCAGGAUUAACCUUAGCGACUAUUUUAAGCAGUUGGGCCGAUGUGGGAGGUUACCCUCUGGUGAAAGUAUCUUUAUCUGGUAAUGACGCGGUCAUAUCGCAGAAACAAUUUCUACUAGAUCCUUCGGAAUCAUCGAGCAGUCAAUGGUACGUACCCCUUACCUACACCACCUCCCUUGAAAAGAAUUUCGACAAUACAACAACGUCUCGUUGGUUGAUACCAGGACAAAACGUAACGAUUUCUAAUAUCCUUCAAGGGGGAUCCGGUUGGGUGCUUUUAAAUCUUCAACAAACUGCCGUUUUGACUUGCACCGAACGGAUAAUGGAGGAAGCACAAGAGGUGCCUAAGCGUCAUGUUUUGAAUCUAAUGGAUCCACUUUACAAGAGCGUGUCGUUCGCAAGAAAUUCUUCAGAAUCUUACGUGGAUGUGCAGAAAAAAAGUUACGCAUUGUUCUGGGCUUGUACUCUAAGGCAUCCUGAUUGCAUACAAAAAGCCCAGAAUCAGUAUAGUUCUUUAGUUAGAAGCAACACCCCUGUCAACCCUGACGUAAGAAGUGUGGUGUACUGUACAGGUUUGAGAUUUUCUAAUAACUCUGCCGAUUGGUACUUCUUAUGGAAUAAAUUAACACAAGAGACCCUCCCUUCAGAAAUCGAUCUUCUCAUGAACGGCUUGGGAUGUUCCAGGAACGAAAGUUUACUCAAUGAGUACAUGAACAAUGCUUUAAACUCUUCAAAUGGUGUAAUACGGAAACACGAUGUUAGUUCAGCGUUUUUAGCAAUUUAUUCAAGUAAUCUCGAAGGAAUCAAUAUCACGUUAAAUUACAUACAGAACAAUUAUCAAAAGAUUAUUGAUUAUUUUGACGGUACCUCAACAUUGCUGGGUAUUUUAUCUGAUAUGGUAAACAGGAUGACCACCGAAAGUCAAAUUAGAAAGCUGGAGUCAUGGAUUUCCGCAAAUUCAAACAGUUUAUCAUCUAUUUCAUCCGAAGUGCAGAGCUACAUUGCGAAUGCAAGAAGUAAUCUAGCGUUGGAACAACAAAUUGCGACUGAAUUAUACAAUUUCUUUAAUUCAUCUUAGAAUUCAUCAUCUUAAGUAAUACAUGUGCGUUAGGCUAACACGCUAGAAGCCUUAUUCAUUAUUUCUUUUAAUUGCCAAAGUAAAUGACUAAUUAUAACAAUCCUAAAAAUCCAAAUAAAGUAUCUGCUUGUAUACAA